AUGUAUGUUCAGCGCGAGAAUCCAAGGGCUGCGGACUCCACACUCCACUUGCCGACUUUCUUCCCGGGGGUGGAGCAGAGCAGCGAUGGGCCGAGAGACGACAAACUUCCCCCGCAUAGCCCAAGUCGACUGCUGGCACGCACCGUGACACGAGUCUCUCUUCGUGCCAGACCAGACGCUUUCCCAGUUGCUGGCGCUGCUCUGGGUCCCCGUUCCAUCCUACCCUACUGGUCCGUUGGGCCGGUGAGCCAAUGCUCCCCCAGAGAAAUCGACGCAUCUGCCGUUUCCUAG